UUACGUAUUUGUUAUUACUAUUCGUUUUCAUGAAUAGUAAAUCACAGUCACCAGCCGGCCCUAAUAAUUCAGAAUCAUCUCAACACGUCUCAUUGAGGGUUGUUCCCCUGAUAAAACCAUGCCUCCUUGUCAGUCCUAUGAACUACCCUGAGGGCCUAAUAACAGAAAUUUCCCAGAGUAAACCAGGUGGUGUCAACACUCAGUUAAGUUCAGAAAAUAUACAUAUGCCUGAAAGUAUCUCCCCUCACAUCUACAGCGGCAUCUUAGAUUCUCUACAACUCCCUAAUAGUCCAGAAUUUUUGCUUGGGGAGGAAUUGCGUUUUUAUGUUCACUUCUCUAACGAUUCAGACUUGCUGCUAACAAAUGUCAGCUUGAAAUGCAGCCUGGCAAAUACCAAUGGAAAUUCUUUGAUUUGCCUCAUAGACACUACGGCAACACCACUUCACGAAUUUAAACAGUCAUCCACACAAAGUCAGAUUAUGAAAUUUAAGGCCAAGGAUGCUGUAACUUAUAUUUUGGCAUUGUCUAUCCAAUACACACUUCCGUCAGGCCAGCAGCGAGCCAAUCAGAGAUACUUUAAAGUUCCUGUCAAGAACUCGGUGUCUAUCCAUUCCGAACUAUUAGAACCUCUUUCACGCCGAGAACUUCUAGUCAAAACCGAGAUUACCAAUUUGACCAGCAACCAUCAAUUUAUGGUCACGGAAGUCAACUUCCUAACGACUCUAAGUCUCACAGCUACAAACUUAACCCCUGGAAAUGUAGACGAUGGGUUCGGACAAAAGAAUGUCUAUAUUUAUUCAAUAGUCCCUGAAUCGUCAAUACAGCUUCUCCACUGUCUGACCUCGAAAGAUCCCAUUUUUCUAAAGGAAUCUGAUGUUCUGGGAUACGUUUCGUUACAUUGGUAUAACACGUGCGGAUCUGAGGCACACAUGGAUUCGAAUGCUAUUAUUUAUGAUAAACCCGAAUCUGAUGCCCCCUUUAAGAUAAUUGCCGUCAAUACACCACCCACAGCUAGUAUUUUACGAGUGUUUGAUGUCACUUUAACAAUCAAAAAUGUAAGUCAGUCUAUUAUUCGUCCAAGACUUAUACCCGUCGAACCAAAUAUGGCUCAAGGGAUUAUUUUGAUGAAAUCUGUAGGUGAUUACAACCAGCCAAUUCCUCCUGGGGAAAGCAUAUUUAUGAAAUUGGAACUGAUGCCAUUGGAAAUGGGAAUGCAAACUUUAGAUAAAAUUCGAUUGAUAGAAACAGAAGUUGACAAGACCUACGACUUGGGUCCACUUUUAACCGUCUUGGUUGAAUAAAAAAACCUUGGACGGAGAAAAUUAGCACCUUGGGCUCUUGCAACCUCAAAGACAGAAGCUUUCGUGCCUUGGUCAAGUAUAAUGUUUUGGUCUCUGGCAGCGAGUGAAAACACCUUUGCUAGCAAAAGGAUCAAUAUGCGCUGCUAUCUUUUAUUUCAGCUUCAAAUUCUACCUGGUUGUGUGCGCAGAGAUACAGAGGUACUCAACGAUGGUGCCAAUCUAAAGCAAUAUUAUUAUUAGUACGAUUGAUUUAUCUUUAGUGUGUAGCACUUGGCAAAUUUGUAAAGCAUCUUGUAUGCACAAAAAUACAACAUAUACGAACAAAAUGCUAUGGCUGA